AUGCAGCGCAUGCUUGCUUCGAGGGCGCGCGCCUCGGCCGCCUCUACCCUGAGCUCGCGGAGCUUCAACCUUACCCAGCAGCGCUUCGCCCACAAGGAGCUCAAGUUCGGCGUUGAGGGCCGCGCUGCUCUGCUCAACGGUGUCGAGACCCUCGCCAAGGCCGUCUCCACCACUCUCGGUCCCAAGGGCCGCAAUGUCCUCAUCGACCAGAGCUACGGCUCGCCCAAGAUCACCAAGGACGGUGUGACUGUCGCCAAGUCGAUCGUGCUGAAGGACAAGUUCGAGAACCUCGGCGCUCGCCUCAUUCAGGAUGUUGCUUCGAAGACCAACGAGGUCGCUGGUGACGGUACCACCACCGCCACCGUCCUGGCCCGCGCCAUCUUCUCCGAGACCGUCAAGAACGUCGCCGCUGGCUGCAACCCCAUGGACCUGAGGAGAGGUAUCCAGGCUGCUGUCGAGUCCGUCGUCGAAUACCUGCGCGCCAACAAGAGGGAUGUCACCACCAGCGAGGAGAUUUCCCAGGUUGCCACCAUCUCCGCCAACGGCGAUACCCACAUUGGCCAGCUUCUCUCCAACGCCAUGGAGAAGGUCGGCAAGGAGGGUGUCAUCACCGUCAAGGAGGGCAAGACCAUCGAGGACGAGCUCGAGAUCACCGAGGGUAUGAAGUUUGACCGUGGUUACAUCUCGCCCUACUUCAUCACCGACCCCAAGCAGCAGAAGGUCGAGUUUGAGAAGCCCCUCAUCCUCCUUUCUGAGAAGAAGAUCUCUGCCGUUCAGGACAUCGUCCCCGCUCUUGAGGCCUCUCAGCAGCUCCGCCGUCCCCUUGUCAUCAUUGCUGAGGACAUUGACGGCGAGGCUCUGGCUGUCUGCAUUCUGAACAAGCUCCGCGGCCAGCUCCAGGUUGCUGCCGUCAAGGCUCCCGGCUUCGGUGACAACCGCAAGUCCAUCCUUGGCGAUCUCGGUGUUCUCACCAACGGUACCGUCUUCACCGACGAGCUUGACCUCAAGCUCGACCGCCUCACCCCCGACCAGCUCGGUUCCACCGGCUCCAUUACCAUCACCAAGGAGGAUACCGUCAUCCUCAACGGUGAGGGCACCAAGGACGCCGUUACUCAGCGUUGCGAGCAGAUCCGUGGCGUCAUGAACGACCCCACCACCUCCGACUACGAGAAGGAGAAGCUCCAGGAGCGUCUUGCCAAGCUUUCUGGCGGUGUUGCCGUCAUCAAGGUCGGCGGCGCCUCCGAGGUCGAGGUUGGCGAGAAGAAGGACCGCAUUGUCGAUGCUCUGAACGCCACCCGCGCCGCCGUUGAGGAGGGUAUCCUCCCCGGUGGUGGUACUGCCCUCCUGAAGGCCGCCUCCAACGCCCUGAACAACGUCCCCUUCGCCAACUUCGACCAGCAGCUCGGUAUUUCGAUUGUCAAGAACGCCAUCACCAAGCCUACCCGCUCCAUCGUCGAGAACGCUGGUGCUGAGGGCAGCGUCGUUGUUGGCAAGCUCAUGGACGAGUUCGGCAAGGACUUCACCAAGGGUUACGACAGCGCCAAGGGCGAGUACGUUGACAUGAUUCAGGCCGGUAUCCUUGACCCCUUCAAGGUCACCAGGACCGCUCUUGUUGACGCCAGCGGUGUUGCUUCGCUGCUUGGCACCACUGAGGUCGCCAUCGUUGAGGCUCCUGAGGAGAAGGCCCCUGCUGCUCCCAUGGGUGGCAUGGGUGGUAUGGGCGGCAUGGGCGGCGGCAUGUUCUAA